CAAGCAACUCACGAUGCGCAGCGUGCAUUGCUCGAGGCAACAUAAAUUCUCUUAUCAGAGCUCAAUCCAUCCUUUGCUGAUUUCUACGUUUCCUCAAUGCCUGUCAAGAAGAAACAACAAUCUACCCAGAAAAACACUCCGACAACUUUGAAACCGAAACCUCCCUUUAUUGUUAUUCCACCCACCCCGGAAGUUCACUCGCGCGCUCCGUCAGGGCGACCUAGAGCGACCCCUGAUCAUACACCAUCUAUCAGCCUUCCGGAUUCUCAGGGACUCAAGGCGAUUGGGUUGGAACUUCUAGCCGCUGGCGGAAUGUCUAAAGACGUUGUCGCGAUGGCCGAAUUUUUUGCGACGAUGAAACAUACUCUCUCCAAUUUAACUAACACUUUUGACCGCCUCGAAACUCAGACAGAGAGGAUGCUUUCUCUUGGUGUUGACAUCAAGGCAACUGAGCAGCUACGUCAAAUUCGAUCGACCUUGUCCGAACAAAUUGCAAGGCAGACGAAAGAGCUUGAGGACGUACGGAGCGACCUCAAGGUCAAGGUCAAAGAAGCAUUGAGAGAACGACUGAGAGCGGAGGCGUACGCCAUGAUACAAGAUUCGGUUUCAACCGUGAUCGAGGAAAGAGUUCGUCACGAGCUCUCAAUCCAAAUCUCCGAGAAUCUCCGUCCUGAAGUCAUUGGUCACAGACGACACAUAUUAGAAGUCAAGACGGAUUUACACAACACAGAAGCUCGCCGCUAUAAUGCAAGUUUGCAAUCUCC